AUGCUGAUCGAAGACGAGAACAUUCGCUACGGCGGAGCUCAAGCCGAUGAUGCUGGAGAUGAUGCCGCCCGUAAGGCUCAAGAGCGUGAGCUCAAGAAGGCUGAAGUCCGUAAGAGAAUGGAGGAAGCAGCAAAGAAAGGAUCAAAGAAGAAGGGCUUCUUGACUCCAGAGAGAAAGAAGAAGUUGAGAAAACUUCUCAUGAUGAAAGCCGCCGAGGACCUUAAACAACAACAAAUGCUCAAAGAGCAAGAGCGUCAAAAAACCCUUCAACAACGUACAAUUCCACUUCCGGAUGUGGAUUCGAUCAACGAUCAAGGUCAACUUCUCAAGAUCUACGAGGAUAUGUUCGCAAGAGUUUGUGCUCUUGAGGAGGAGAAAUUCGAUAUCAACUUCUCCGUUUCUCAAACUGAGGCAGAAAUCAAUCAAUUGACUAUUCAAGUCAAUGAUUUGAGAGGAAAGUUUGUGAAGCCAACGUUGAAGAAGGUCUCCAAGUACGACAACAAAUUCAAGUCUUCUGGAGAAGGAAAGGAGAAAUCAAACUUCCGCGCCAACCUUAAAGUGGUCAAGAAGGAGACAGAUUUGGAUGAGAUUAUGGCCAAGAAGAAGGGACAAACAGGCGAUGGUAAACCAGAGUGGUCGAAGAAGGAAAAGAAGGAAGAGGAGGCAGCACCGGCUGAGGAUUCUGCUGCUGCUCCACCGGCCGAAGAAGCUGCUCCAGCUGAAGAAGCACCAGCUGAGGAGCCGGAAGCCGCCGAGGAAGAGGAAGAGGAGGAAGAGGAGGAGGAAUAG